CAGCCGGCAUGGUGCUGCUGGCCGGGACCGGGCCGGAGGGCGGCGGGGCGCGCUGCAUGACCCCGCCACCGCCGUCCCCACCCCGGGGCGCGCAGAUCGAGGAGGACCCCACUGACUACGAAGAGUUCGAGGACUUCUCGAGUCUGCCCGACACUCGCAGCAUCGCCUCGGACGACUCCUUCUACCCUUUCGAGGACGAGGAGGAGCAAGGCGUCGAGAACGCGGAGAGCCUCCCGGAGGGCGUCCCGGAGGCGGCGAGCCUCCUGCGCGCCGCCUGCGCCAACGACGUGGGGCUGCUGCGGGCACUGGUGCGGCGCGGGGUGAGCGUCGAGGAGGCGCAAGAGACAGACCGCAACGGCCGGACCGGCCUUAUUGUCGCCUGCUACCACGGCUUUGUGGAUACUGUGGUGGCCUUAGCAGAGUGCCCCCACGUUGACGUCAACUGGCAGGACAGCGAGGGGAACACAGCCCUAAUCACAGCUGCACAGGCAGGGCACGCGAUCAUCACCAACUACUUGUUGAACUAUUUCCCCGGUCUUGACCUUGAAAGGAGGAACGCGUUCGGGUUCACCGCCCUGAUGAAAGCCGCCAUGCAGGGUCGAACCGACUGCAUCCGAGCCCUGAUGCUGGCAGGGGCGGAUGUCCACGCGAGGGACCCCCGCCGUGGAAUGUCACCGCAAGAAUGGGCCACUUACACGGGCCGCGUGGAUGCCGUUCGCCUCAUGCAGAGGUUGCUGGAGCGCCCCUGCCCGGAGCAGUUUGGGGAAAAGUACCGGCCGGAGCUGCCGCCGCCCCCUGAGGCUGCGAGGAAGCCGGCGGGCUCCAAGAACUGCCUGCAGAGGCUCACGGACUGCGUCCUGUCCGCGCUCACGCCCCGCUCUGUGCGGGGCCCGGAGGACGGGGGUGCCCUGGACCACAUGGUGAGGAUGACCACCAGCCUCUACAGCCCCGCCGUAGCCAUCGUGUGCCAGACCGUGUGUCCCGAGAGCCCCCCUUGUGUGGGGAAGCGGCGGCUGGCGGUGCAGGAGAUCCUGGCGGCGCGGGGGCCCCGGGCGCAUGAGGCGGAGGCGGCGGGGGGUACGGGGCAGCGCGGGCGGACCUGCCCGGCAGACGCAGGCUCCCAGGAGGGCUCCCCGAGAGCCAGCCUCCCGCCCGCCCCGCCACCUGGGACCCGGGGCCCCGCCGCGCCCGCCCCGCGGAAGUCCAGCCUCCUGCCCUUGCAGCGCCUGCGGCGGAGCAGCGUGCGGCCCGGCGUGGUGGUGCCCCGGGUACGCGUCUCCAAGGCACCCGCGCCCACCUUUCAGCCCGAGAGGCCGGCGCGGAAGGGCAGCACCAAGGACAGCGGCCACCUGCAGAUCCCCAAGUGGCGGUACAAGGAGGCCAAGGAGGAGAAGCGCAAGGCAGAGGAGGCCGAGAAGAAGCGCCAGGCCGAUGCACAGAAGGAGAAGCGCCCGCCGCCCUGGAAGAAGAGGACGUGAGGGCCUGUGUGCCUGGCGCGGGGUCCAGGGCCACGGCGAGGCCGCGGGGCUGGGUGCGGAGGAGGAGGCGGCUCCGCUGCGUGUCGUGCCACUGCUGUUACCAGGACCACGGGGCCGCGCACGUUUCCAGGCUGUCUGUCCAGGCUGCUCCCAGGAGGGGGCUGAGGGAGCCACAUCGAUUCGCCUGUCACCAGCCCCCCAGCAAUCAGUACACCUAGCGGGCAUGUUGCCUAGAAGGCUCCUUUUAGAGAACCUCAAUUAAGAUUUUUUUUUAAAGAUCAAUUUAUCAAAGGGCAUUUUCUGCGUAAUUUUGUAUUUUUAAUCAUUAUUUAUCAAAUUUGCAGCGUUUUACAAGUGAUAGGGCCCCUUGUAUCCAAGGCAGUUUUAAUACUUGCCCGAAGACCUUUUGUUUGAAAUACUGUUUCUAGCGAUAAAUAUUUAUGGUAUCUGUAUGGGUUCACACAGAAAUCCUGGGAUUCUCCUUUUUUUUGGCCGUUUGCUUUGGUGUUUUCUUCUCAUCAUGGGUGCAUGUGCACACUGAAUGUUCUUUUUAAUUAGAUGAAGUGAUACCAGAUAUUCUGUUUGAUGGAGGCAUUGACUCAUUCGGGCAUGAUCCAGUGAAACAGAGAGAUCAGAUGUUAUUGUACCUUUUAAAAACUCUUAAUACAGUAAUAUAUUGGGGAAAAGCAUAUAUUGUCAAAUUAUAAAAGAAUUCAGAGAUAAACAUGUAUUUAUUGCUAGAAUUAAACUCAUUUUAAGCUAGGGAUUUUAGAUAAGCUGGAUAAAAAAAAAGCUUUAACUUAUUAAAAAUAGGAGAAAAAACCAUCAUUUGAUAAAAUGGGGGCAAAUUUAGUAAAUGAUGAUCAGAAAUACAAAAUUAAGCCAUAUGUGCUCUUAAGUAAAUCGAAUCCAGAUAUCCUUAGAAUGUAAGAAAGAUGCAACAGAGUCAGGAGCCCAGAGCGAUGCAAAUUACAGGAAUGGGGAGGAGGUGGUUUUUAAACAGGCGGUAUGAAUGGAAUAGGAAGUAAACUUGUUUUCCGCAAAUUCUCCUGGAGUGGACUGGGGAGCCCCUCCAGACUCAGUUCCGAAGAGUCCCUCGUGUGGUUAUUUCUUUUAUUUUUCCUUUGAGAACUGCACUUGGUAUUUAGUUCAUCCUCGUGCUAACCUCAUAGAAUUUCCAAGACAUGGAGCCUUGGGCAGGGCAGGACAUUGGUGUGAUUUGCCUUGGGCCGCGAUGAGAGUUUUAUGUCCACACUUUUAUCUCCAAAGUGACAUGGAGAUCACUUUUCUCAGUGAUCCAAUUAGAAUUUAUCAAAGCGUGUUUUCUGCAUAAUUUUGUAUUUUUAAUCAUUAUCAGAUUUGCAGCAUUCUAAUUUGGCAGGACAGGGUAUGAAAGCUGGAAGCUCAGGCAGGAGUUUCUAAUUGUAAUGACUCUCACCAUGUGGGUUGUAGAGUGUCUGUCACAUAUGCACUUUAUUUCAGUAUUAAUUUAAAUACUUGGGCGCACACGCUCACAGGCCUGUUUGGAGUCUCUGUACUAUGACACCUAAUAACUCUAGGUAUGUCGUGAUACGGGGUUUCUGUCUCAGGACACAGCCAGGGCUGGCGCAGGCUUCUCCAGGCUCCCUUCCUCCAGGCACCAUCAGGCAUCGAGCAACCAGGAAUCUUAAACUGGCCCCUCCAAAAGCUCCACUGAAUAGGACUGCAGGCUGCACCCAGGCUAAUGGGAGAUUGGUAUGAUGAUGAUACAGUGUUUAAGAUCAGAUUUCUUGCAUGAUCCCAAAAGGCACUGUGAUUAAUGCACAGGGGACCAGACCCUCUUUGAGAACUGCAGAUAUUAGCUGAUUGUGGGUCACCCUUGUGGCCAAGGAGUUGGGAUUGGCCAUGUCCCCUCCGAGCAGGUGGGGACUGUGACUGACGCCGGUUAUCUUUGGGGGUUGUCUUUGCUGAAUCCUCUGGCAUUGUGGCACCUUCCUGCCACAUGUACAUAAUUCACAGCAUUACCAAGUCACGAGGAGCCCCACCCUUACCUCUGUCAACUGAGGACCCCACCAGGCAGGACCAUGUGGUCUCCCAGGCACGCUUCUCGACACCAGCUACCCCUGCUGUGAAAGUUCUCAAAGCAUUGGUUAGGGGAGCUGAGCCCUGGGCCUGUCCCGAAGCUCUGCAGAUUGCACUCAGCCUGCAUGGAGAACUGCAGUGCUAACACUGUGAUUGUGAGGGGAGGACACCCAUCCCGAGCUCCCACAAAGGGCUUCGCCUUCCCAAGAAUGUCUCAUUGUCAUGGGAACAGCCAGGGUCAGGCAGCUUCUGUGUGGACUGAUGUGGCGUCUGACCCUUGCAGGGUUGCCAGGCAUCCUGCCCAUUUCCACCGUGGGAAGUUGGCACUGGGAACGGUAUGGAGCCCCCACUUCUACCCUAAGCCUGGGUGUCUGCUGCUUCCACAUCAAAAAUGGACAUUUCUGGUCCUGCCCAGCUACCUCACCACAACCCAUGCUCAGAGUCUCCAGGGACAGCAGUCAACUGGCAAUUUCCCUAGGUCCCACGCUGUUCUGGAGUGGACAUGUUGCGGCCCUGUCCCUGGUGUGUUCCAGCCUGGUCCAGGUGCACAGGAGACCCUGGGGCCAGCACAGGGCUUGUCCGGUCAUGAUCUUGGCGUCCACAAAACAGCUCUAGAGAUACCUGCAUUUUGAAAACCCUCCCGAGCCAGCAAGCGUGGGGCAGGACAUGGAUUCUUUUGGCAAAUCUGAAGGCGAGCUGGCCACUCGCCUGGUGAGGGGAAGCUGCUGUUACCUGGCCAGUGUUUGCAACUCAAGGGAAUAUGACAGCUUUGUGGGGGGCUCUGGUGGGACUGGGAAGCCUCACCUCCCAGGCAGCUUUGGUGUGGCCUCAGUGGGAAGAUUGGAUUUUGAAAACCCACCAGACCCAACUGAAAGAAGGGUCAUUCCUGAAUGAGUUGGAGACUCCCGGGUCCCUCUCCCUAGACUCGUUCUAGCCAUGCUCUGUCUGUGGUCAGCCCUUCCCUCUGGCGCAUGAGGCAAGUCCAGGCAGCUUCUGUGGCUGUGCUCGUGGCUGCUGGCCCAGCACUCCUCCUUUUUGCCAUGUAGAAGCUGAUUUGCUAGGAAAGGAAUUUUCCAAGUCAAGGAACAUGUCACCAAGCCUCUUUCCUCCACCUGUGGGGGUGGGGGGCUUCUGCUCUUGUUUCCUCAUUCUCUUUGGAGUAAGCAUCAGAGGGGACAAGCGGGCCCCCAGUCAGGCUCAGGGAGUACAGGAGGCCAUGGAGGGAAGCUCAGACGAUGGGGAAACGGAGCCACCUUGAAGGGGUGUUGUGGGGUCAGUGUCAGGGUGAUCUGAUGGGCCAGUUUAUACUUAAGCAACAUUAUUAUGUUCACUUCUUUUGGGUAAGGGAUUCCUCACGGGAGGUGUGGUCAUCUGGUCCCAGAGGUGGAGAGAAACGCCCCCUCAUCUUCCUGAGCCAUUUGGAAGCCCUUUCUUCUAGCUCUAGGUACUGGUAACAUGGGCCCCUCAGUCUUAGGAUGUAGAUGGGGCUGGAGGGUACAGGCUUCUCGUCCCUUCCCCACUCAGCACCAUCGGCAUCUGGCAGUCAGGGGCCUCCCAGUGGCCACUCCAAAAACCUGGUGUCCUUGGAGAACAUUUUUCCUGUGUGUCUAUUUUCAGCGCUUUGAACAGCUGCAUUCGCUCACUGAGGACUCGUCCUCCCUGCACCCACCAUGUGGUUCAGGAAGGAGGGGACCUAUGGGCACUGACCUCUUCUCCUCUCCUGUCAGUGGCCACCGCAGGGCCCCCUCUGGCACUGUCACCACAUUCUCCCGCCCCCGUCAUCUCGUCUCUUCUUCCUUAUUCGCUUUUCCUUCCUUUGCCUGUUUUCUUCUCCCAGUUGGUUAAGUUCUUGAUCGUCCCUGGCACCACCUACCCUGAGGUCUACCAAGGACAGAAACGCCAGGACCUCUGUGAGGCAGUGUGGUGUCCCUGUGGGGUUACCAUGGUGGGACCUCCUUGACCCCAGAGUGAAUGAACGGCCGGCCAGCCAGUGUCUGUGCUGAUGGCUUAGAAUUACUACACAGCCCCUCCUCUUUGCUGGGAAGGGAGAGUCAGCCCAUACCCUGCUGCGCACAGGGAUGGGGCUCCCUGAUGUUUAUUAACUGUAGAUAGUGAAUUUCAAGUUGACAGGUACCUUCUCAGGGAUUUAUAUAUAAAUGUAGUUAGAGGAAAAGUUGAAGUCUAUUUUACUACUUUUUAGUGUUUGAGUAAAUUAUACUUUAACUAGACAGAAGAAAUAUUUCUCAGACAAUGUCUAUGCUGCUGAUUACAACUGAGAUGCCUGGAGCUCACCCCUUGAGGGAGACUUCCUUGGUAACUAGAGAUCUGGGACUCUGGCAGCGGAAAUGGCUUUGGGGUGGGCGUGAAGUCGCUUCAUUCCCUCUGAGUUGCCUCUUGUGGAUGGAACGUAUGUGUCAACAGUGAAAUCCACCUCCAUGUGUGUGGAGGCGGCUGAUGAGAACAGACGGGCCACUUCUCACUCUUCCCUCCAGAACUGGCCGCUCCGGUCUGACGUUGGAGCACGUGAACUAACAGUGACCAUUUUUUUCUACUUGCUUCUGUGAAUAAAGUGUUCUACAGUCAGCCCAGCACUGAACUCACCAGAAGGGAGGAGGGCAUGGUGUGGAGCCGCUCAUCUGGAAUUACCUUGGUGUUCAGAGGCUGUCCCUUGGCUGCGCUUGGAAAACGCAGUGGGAAAUGUCGUGGGCUUCUUUCUUCCUCAAGCUCCAGACUCCUGGCAGUACUGGGGACCUCAGGACUAUGGAGAUCAGAAUUGCAGUGGCUUCGUCAUCUCAGCAUGGCCACUCCUGAGACAAGAGGCUCCUCCUGGGAGUAGGAGAGAGGAAGUUCGUGAUGUCAAUUGGAAAACAGGAUUUAUGGAUGCAGGAAGAGGGUCUGUGCUGGGCCCCUCUGCCCACUUCUCUCCCUGCUGUCUGCAGUGACCAGGUUUCUGGAGUGGAGAAGAGGCUGCUGUGAGUGAAAGAGAAGCCCCGGGGGUAGGGCCAGACCUCAGGCCUGAAAAGGAUGCAAAGCCUGCUGCUUUCAAGGCUGUUGGGAAGAAUCGUGGGUACCAAGCAAUUAUGAUGAAAUGCAUCCCAGAGAGAAAAUGAAUGGGCCUUAAGAAGUGGGCCUAACAUGCUCCUGGUAGCCCUCCUGCAAGAACACUACACUGCCCCCAGCCCACCGUCCACACUACAUGACGCAGGAAGGCUGUCUGUCCAUCCUUACCCUGGGGAGCCACGCCUGCUUUGCGGAGUGAGUCGCAGCCCUGAUGUGCGCCCUGUGUUACUCUCUCCCCAGAUGCACCCAGAGACUCAGGCCUGCUCACACAGCUCGCUGUUCCUGCAGUCGUCAGUCCCCCUGUGCUGUGUCAGCUCCCAGACACCACUGGUCUUUCACAUGCUACAGCGCAAGCACUUUUUCCCUUUCACAGUAUUUGGGGAAAUUCUAACAUACUCCCGGGGGAUUUGCACAGGUCCCUCCGCCUCCCACGGUGGGUAGCUGCGUAGAUUCUGCACCUGGCAGUCGGUAGUCCCCCUCGGAAGCCACCGGGGGGCCUGUUUCUUUCGGCCUGGUUCUUGGCUUCUACUGCAGCCCCUUUCUGUCGGCACCUGCCUGGAGGGCCACAGUCUGGGGAAGGACAGGGAGGACCCCAGACACGACAGAUCCGUCUGAAACAACAAAGUCACAUGGAGGACGACAGCUGCAGUGGGGCGGAUGCCAGUGCAGCAGGCGUGCCAGGAGCUGCCUGCCGAGAGCUGACAAGAGCGGUUCCUGCCACGGCGUGGCUUGUGUCUCCCCCCACCCCCGUGCCUCCCAGUGCACAUUUGGGACUUGCUUCUGCGUCAGUGUGACUCGAGUCAGCUGCUUUCUGUGCCCUUGCACUCACGGGUUCCUUCAUUAACAUUUUAAAUAAGUGGCUAAAAAAACUCCUCUGGAGGCUGUUUUUGAAAAAAACGGGAUAAAGAAAGAUACACACACUACCUGGGUUGUUGUGACUAAUUUUCAAGUGACUCGCUUGAAGGCCGGUGUUGCAUGCACGGUUUCCUCAUGCUGACCCAGCCCAAAAUAAGACUUGAUAAAAGGCACAGCCCUCGGCAGCAGGCAGUGCCAAUGUGGAUGCCUACACUAAGGUGUGAGUGUGUGCGCAGGCAAGCCCACGUGUGCAAUGAACUGAAAGGACACUCGGGCUUCGUGCUGGCAAAGGUGAUGAUGCUGCCGUGGCUUGGCUGUGGGCCCCGGGCAGGGGCAGAUGGGACCUGCUUUGAUGGCGUGCUGUUCAGUGGACUUGUGGGGUCUUGCAAGGUCCCAGGACCCACUGUGAGCACCCUGCCCACCGUGGCACAGAACACAGCUGGAGUUGUCAUAACACAGGUCUUUUUUAAAAGGCGGUGUUGACCCAGGAGGCUCAUCUAGAAUGCCUUGGCCGCAUGGAGGCACUCAGAUCCAAGGGCCCCAGACCCAGGAGGGUUCUUUCCCCUCUGAAAGAGCUCCCCAGGCAUUCAGCCCUCGGCAUGUGGCUGCGGGUUACCCUCAGAAUCAACAUCUCCCUGAGGAAGCCCUGGUAUUUUCCCAGGUCUGCCCACAUAUCAGAUACUCGAAUCAGUGCUAACACAGUUUGGUUUUUGAGGGAAAUACUUUUGUCAUAAUAUUACAUCCUUCUGUUUUUAAUAAAAAGGAGAACAAACGAAGCUAUCCAUCAGGUAAAGCAAUGGUCCACAUUGGCCUGAUGCUUUAUGGAAGUUUUGGGACAUAGGUGUGGAGGCACCUUAACAGCAGUUUUUAAGCAAAAGUUCUAGAAGCUGUUUUAGAACUGCACAGCUAUAGAUACACCCGUUGACAACUGCAAAAGGUGGUGACAGGCCCAGAAACAUGACCAGCAAUUAUACCCCUUCAGAUGAACAGGAAAAGCCCAUGUGCUGGAACUCGCUUCAUUCUGCCGGGCGUUUGGGGGUGUCCAAGGACCUGUGCUUUUAACAAAGAUGACUUCAUGACCAUUCUAAGGAUCGAACAGAUUCCUGCGCAGGGUGCCAGGUUUCACGUUAGGUCCUCUUAGGAUAAGCUCUCCUCUGAAUGUAAACCCAUUUGCAUUGUCACUUCUAAAAGUCCAGUAGGUUUCUGGAUAUUGUAAAGAUGCUGAGAACAGAUACAACUGUGUAAAUCUCAUAGUGUUUUAUUUUGAGGUGAGAGUUUUGUUAGAGUUUAUAAAAGAUAUUUUCCUAUUCAGACCUCAGGGCCAUUUUGGGACCUACAAAUAAAUGUGAUUCCCAGCAGCUUCAAUUUUUGAUAUUCAAAAAGUUAAUCUUUAAAUUAAACAUAAUGUGAUAUUAUUCAGCAAAAAGAAUUUUUCCCUUUUAACUUCUAACGAAUUGUGUAUCUAAUGUUUAAAAAAUAUGGAAAAAUUGUGAUUAUGUAAAAAUGUGGGAGAAUUGUGGCUAAAGAAUAAAAAAAUCACUUGCUAAAUAAAACACAUUCCUAUGGUCCAAAAGUAUGAUAUUUGAAUAAACCUAAGUGCAUAUAAAGUAGAGAAUGAAACAAUAAAAUAUGCCAGGAUUUUUCAUGUCA